CCCCCUUGUCGCUGCAGGGGUGCCUGCGGCAGUGGGAGUCCCCCCUGGGAAGGUCCCUUUUGCAUUGCAGCUCCUGUAGUUGGAGUAGUUGAGAGAGAGAGAGAGAGAAAGAGAGAGACUCUGAAGCAGAUACAAGUACUGUACUGUACUGUAGUUUAGUUGCAUUGUUAGGUGAAUUUUGUUAGACCACAACUCGGCGUUUUAGACCAUCCAUUUAGCCACUGGAUCUCUCAAUUUCAACUCCGAGGCGAACAUCAGUUGGUUUUCAGCGUUUUUAACAUCAAAACGUCUGGAUCAGCUGGCAUGAGCUAACCCACCAGUUAUGGAAACCAAACCUUUCUUGUCAUUGGGAUUCAUCAAACCCCAGUGCUCACUAGCACCACCUGUUGAGAGGGGCAGGCAUGGAGAGUCUGGGAAUUCACCCACUGUUUGCUCCUGCUACAGCGGCACGUGCCCGCUUCACCAACGCAGAAUAUCUCAAGACUCUUCACAAAUGAACUCCAUCUCCUUGAGUUCUCCGAAUUCUCAUCGGGGCAUGAACACGUCCUCUCUCCAUCCGUCCCUGAUUGGGGCAGGGAUCAGCCCCUCCUCCCUGGGCUCCUCGGGCCAGCUGCACUCUCCCAUCAGCACUUUGAGCUCCCCCAUGAACGGGAUGGGCUCUCCCUACUCCGUCAUCAGCUCUCCCAUGGGCCCCCACUCGAUGUCCGGCCCCUCCACCCCCGGAAUGGGCUUUGGACCCAGCCUCAGUCCUCAGCUCAACUCUCCAAUGAACCCUGUCAGCAGCUCGGAAGAUAUUAAACCUCCGCUGGGAUUGAACGGGGUGAUGAAGGUACCAGCGCAUCCUUCGAUGUCCCCGCUGUCUCUCACCAAACACAUCUGUGCCAUCUGCGGGGACAGGUCCUCAGGUAAACAUUAUGGAGUCUACAGCUGCGAGGGAUGCAAAGGCUUCUUCAAGAGGACGGUGAGGAAGGACCUGACCUACACCUGCAGAGACAGCAAGGACUGCAUGAUCGACAAGCGACAGCGCAACCGCUGCCAGUACUGCCGCUACCAGAAGUGUCUCGCCAUGGGCAUGAAGAGAGAAGUUUUGUUAAAUGCAGCCGUCCAAGAGGAGAGACAGAGGGGGAAAGACCGAAACGAGAACGAGGUGGAGUCGACGAGCAGCGCCAACGAGGACAUGCCUGUGGAGAAAAUCCUGGAGGCCGAACUCGCAGUGGAGCCAAAGACAGAGACCUACAUCGAGACGAAUCUGGGGAUGCCCUCAAACUCGCCGAACGAUCCAGUCACCAACAUAUGCCAAGCAGCAGACAAACAGCUCUUCACGCUCGUGGAAUGGGCAAAGAGAAUCCCACACUUCUCAGAGCUGCCCCUCGAUGACCAGGUCAUCCUUCUACGAGCCGGAUGGAAUGAGCUUCUCAUUGCCUCCUUCUCACACCGCUCGAUAACGGUAAAAGACGGGAUUCUCCUGGCAACCGGGCUUCACGUUCAUCGCAAUAGUGCACAUAGUGCCGGAGUGGGAGCCAUUUUUGACAGAGUGCUGACAGAGCUGGUAUCGAAGAUGCGGGACAUGCAGAUGGAUAAGACAGAGCUGGGGUGCCUGCGAGCCAUCGUCUUGUUUAACCCAGACUCCAAAGGGCUGUCGAAUCCUGGAGAGGUGGAGGCACUGCGUGAGAAAGUCUACGCGUCACUAGAGGCCUACUGCAAACAGAAAUACCCCGAGCAGCCUGGCAGGUUUGCCAAACUGUUACUGCGCCUGCCGGCCUUGCGCUCCAUCGGGUUGAAAUGUCUGGAGCACCUCUUCUUCUUCAAGCUAAUAGGAGACACGCCCAUCGACACCUUUCUCAUGGAGAUGCUGGAGGCACCACACCAAAUGACCUAAACAAGCAAACAACACGGCCCCCCUGGGAUCCCGCCCACCGUCCCUCCAUCAGAGAGAGAGAGAGAGACUGAUUCAUGACCCGAUAGAAAGUUGGCCCAUCCUUAUUUUAAUGUCUUUUGCCUCGUCAGUUUCUUUUGUGUGUGUAUAAGGAGUCCAUUUCAUAGUGUAUGAAUCUGUUUUAUAUAUUAUAUAUAAAUAUAUAUAUAGAGAGAGAGAGGAAGCAAAAGAAAAUGGACAGAAAAAGAAGGACAGAGGAACUAUGAAAGAAAUUGAAAACAAAACAUAUAAAGAUAUGCCGUAUCAGCCAGGUUGGCAGUCUUUAAUUGCGGUAAGAUACAGUAUUGAAGGUAUACAACAGCCUUUUGAAAAAGCUAUUUUCUGCCUCUUUGCAAUGAAUCUCUUCUUACGACAAACCCCUUCUUGUACUUGGCACUUAACUUGCUCCCUGCUUUCUGGUUAAUAGUCACGUUUGGAUCACUCAUUUUAUUGCAGGUUUCUGGAGUAGGGCUUUCCUUGGGUAAUGGGGGUGGCAGGCACUCCUUUCCCCAUAUGGGUAAAAUCAAGCCCACCAAGCCAACAGCCACUUGAUAUUAUGUACCAGCUGGUAGUUUAUUGUACUGAAACAAGGUUUCAUUUUCAGACAUUAAUACUGAUUGUAAUGUUAGUCUGAAUGAAUCGGGCAGGGCGGGGGCCAGGUUAAUUUUACCCAUUAAUCAGACCUCAAUAUUAGUCUUACAUGUGAAACUGCUGCUCAACAACAACUUCAAGUUAAGGGUGCUUAUUCUGGGUGAGAAUUAAUGGCAGGCCUUUCUUGGAGCUAUAAACUAGCUUUGGCUGCCCUCUUGUGGUAGGAAAAUAGAACUACAAUCUUGCUACUGUUUCUGCAGGUAUUCAGGCAGCAAAAGGCCAUCUUCCCAAAACAUAUGGAUAAAAAGAAAACUGAAAAGUGGCCAAAGUAAAAAUGUAUUUUAAAACAGUCAUUACAAAAUGCACUAGGAGAGUUUCUGCAUGGUCUGUGCACACCUAAAACAUAAUGUUACAAUCUUAAAAUAGCUUACCGUGCUUGGAGCCUUUUGGAUACUGGGAGUUUAAAAUAAGGCUUGGCUUUUCUUAAACCGUUAGGCCCAGUCUUAUACCGUAUUUCUAAAAAAGGGUGUUGGCACUGCUGGCCACAAAAAAGGGUGUUUGCACUGCUGGCCACAUCAGCCCUGGCCAGCCACGGCCACUUUUUCUGGCCUGGUUUGCUAUAUCUUACCCGAUGUGUCCAGACCUGGUCACAAAGGAACUACGUCAUCACGUAGCAGGAAAGCGUGCGCUGGAUAAGAAGCCGACAAGGCAACAAAACUACACAUUUAAAGUCUCCGGCCCGCAGUGGAAAUUUGCCAUUGGUGUCGAUAAGUGUUCCUUUGAUUUAGAAUGAGACAGAAGUUGUAAAAGAAAAGUCAGCAAGCAAAAUAGUGACCAGGGUAUUGCUAAAUUUAGCAAUUUAAAAUGAUGCCGGAUACAUUAUUAGGAAAGCACUGGUACUUUCCAGCAGUAAAGCAGAUGGCAAGGUGUUGGUUGCUAUGAAAUGUAGGGUUAAUUCUGCCUCGCAAGAAACGAAUUUGAGUAACUAAACGGAUAAAGAAUCACACUUUCACGGGUCAGACAGGUGUCAUUUGUGUUCAAAUGAAAAACAAAUGCGUUAUAUGUACCAUAAAGCUAUAUUUUGUCUAUAUGUAAAUUAUGUGUGUAUAUUUAAUUAUACUGGUUUUAUCUAGAAAAGAGGGAUAGAGAUAUGCAAUUGAAAAUAUGACUAGAAGUAUGGACUGCUGAUCAAUCAACAAUACAGCUAUCCCCCCCCCACCGCUUCCCAACUUUACAAUGAAAUCCAAUAGGAAUCUGGCGUGUCAGACAAGCCUGCCAGCCAUUUAACUGGCCAGCUUUUACUAACUACUCUGAAAAGAUCUUAACCUUGUAAGUUACCUUUACGCUAUCCGUAAGACUAUGCAGGAAGUGCCUCUUUUAAGAUGGCUUGUAUAUGUUUAUGUACCACAUGCUUUUUUCAGUGCAUACUCAAUGAGUUCUGUUGUGUACCUAGUGACUUCCAAACUACUCUAUGAAUUCCUGACCCACAAAACCAAACCCGAAUUGACACAGAGGCACUUUCUGAAAAUGCCACUUUUAUCAUCAUCUGCAUUAAAUGUAAACCUAUGGAAGUGACAAAACAGAGCUAGGUAUCUAAUACCUGUUGCUAGGAGCUUGUGCAUCUAUUUUCAGAUGCCCCACGGUUAGAAGAGGCGAGGUAGAUUUAGUCUAAUAUGGCAUGUAGUAAAUGCCUUAGCCGUGGCAACCUAGUGAAAACAAAACAAAACAAAAAAAAUUAAAUCUAUUUUUGUACAAAUGUAAUUUUAUCCCUUGCCUAUAUUCUGAAUGUUUCUUUUCUUUCCUUCUGUGGACUGUUGUAUACAUUAUUUGUGUAAAUGUUGAUUUGAAAAAGAAUAGUUUCAGAACAAGGGGAGGUAGGAGGGGAUCAGGAGGUUUGGGAAGUCUCCCCUUUUCCCUUCCCUGGAAUUUUGGCAUUUCUGGCAGUUUUUCACAGCUGCGAGAUCAGAUGGUGAAUUUUUCUGUAUUUGCUGCAAGAAAUGCCAGCAUCUCAUCGACGUUAGAAUUGUCAUAAGUGUUUUUUUUUUUUAUGGAAAAAAAAGCAAAGAAAAAAGUUCUGUCUUUAUGGGUGUUCUCUGAUGCUCUGUUUCUCUUAAUGAUAAUCUUAUUAAAAAAAUAUUUGCAGAAUA